AUGAACAUGAAAUCGGUUCUUGAUUCAGACGGAGCUAUUUGCGUUUUUAUAGCUGCUGAAUCUCGUUGCAAUCAAGAACGAGUAGUCAUAAACAACAAAAAUGUCAAUGUUCAUGAUAAUCAAGGAAAGUGGUCCGAGAAUAUAAAUAAAUUAUCUGUUCAAAGCUUUACUACAAUCCACACUUUUGCUAAUAGCAAAGACACUCGUAUCACUCAACUAGCUGAAUUAGUUCAAUCCCUUGACGAUCUUACAAAAGCAAACGAUGAAUCUAGCGAUGAAGUCCCCAAUUAUAGUGAAUCUAAUGAUGCUCUAUUGAGCGACACGGACGCCGAUGUUAUAGACGAUGACUACAUUCCUUCAUUAAACGAAUAUUCAGAAAUCAAGCAAUGCCAAAAUCAAUGUGAUUUUGAAAACAAUAAGCUUUUUAGAAACUCAUUGGAUCGAUCAGCUUUGGAAUUGAACGACACAGACUUUAGAAACCUACUUAAGAAGCUUUCGGGAUUGUAUCGCCAAAUUAAAUCAAAAGCUCCUUUUGGUGCUUCUCUAAAUCUUGGUAAAGAAUACGAUACAAAAUGA